AAAGAUGGAUACUUUUUUCUGAAAAAUGUCUUUUAAAUUACAAAAGCCUUCCUCACAUUACUUUCCAUUCCAACUUUCAUCAAAAUGCAAAAUAUACCAAGAAUCAUCAUUUAUAUGCUCUCCAAUUCAAAGAAACUACAAAAAGAAGCCAAGUGAUCGUAACAAAGUUGAUUUUAAAUGGGUUUGUGAAGAUAUAUGUGAAGUUUUACUGGAAGUUUUUAAUCCUUUACCAUUUGAAUUACAAGUCACACAAAUGGAAUUAUUGACUGAUUUAAUGGACUUUGAGAGUUUUCCGACUCAACUUACACUCGCUCCAAACUCUGGACCUCAUCCUGUAACUCUUCUUGGGAGACCUUUAACAUGUGGCGAACUUAAAAUACUUGGUUAUAGAACAGAAAUUCAGGGAGUAACUAGCCUCUGCUAUAUAAAAGAUUUAAAUAAUUUGAAGGAAAGUUAUUUUGCAGUUGAUGUUAUUCCAGUUCUUCCUCAUCUGGAAAUAACAACAAGUCUUCCAACAUCAAACACAUACUCUGUUCAUAAAGAUAUUGGACCAGCUGUAACUAGUGGUGUAACAAAUUUAUAUUGUGGAGAAAGGUAAUUUUUCAUAUUAUUG